ACUCAUCUCAUCUAUCACCGUCUCGACUCGUUCCAGAACUAAUCUUGAAACUUUCCGAGGCCCGAUCGGGAAAGUUGCACCUCACUAAACCCGAAGACAGUGCUGUGAAAUAAAUUAAUUGUGCGGACUCCGGUGAAAUUUUAACGGCUUAGUCCUUUGAUCCUGGUGUAAUCCUCCGGUAACUACCGGGGGUGUCGAAAGGCCGUCAAAAUAGCCAAAGUGUCUCCGAUAAAGCUGUCGGCGAUGGACAGCAACUCGGUGUCGCCGAUGCCGGAAUUAGCGCCCAUAGCUGAGUUCGAUAAAUCGCCCCCUUCGCCGCCGAACGAGGAAGUCCCCAUGGACGACUUGCCGCCGCCUCCCGCCACCAUAUCGCAAUCGGAGGGGAAGAAAAUCAAAGUACAACGCAGCCGGUCGUACGAGUCGGAUGACCACGAGAGAGGUGCCUGCGAAUGGUGCGAAUACGCGCUUGUGAUCACCCUAGCGACCAUCCUCCUCAUUGGGGUGUCAGCUCUGACCAUCUUCUGGGUGUUCUACUACCGCGGCGGAUAUGCGUGGGCAGACGACACCCCUGACAAGCAGUUCAACCUGCACCCGACUCUCAUGGUGGCUGGAUUUAUCACGUUCAGCGGUUUCUCGGUGUUGCUGUACCGCAUCUGCCGCUGCUUCAGGCGCAUUUAUGUGAAGCUUCUUCACGCCAUCUUCCACGCUCUGGCAUUCCCGUGCAUCGUGAUCGGUUUCCUUGCCGUCCUCGACUACCACAAUAAGAAGGACAUCAACAACUUCUACUCCCUUCAUAGCUGGAUUGGCUUCGUUGCCAUGGGACUGUUUGGAAUUCAGUACGCAGUCGGCUUCUUCAGCUUCCUCCUGUUGUUGAUCUGCAAUAAAGGCACGGCUGGUUUCCGCGCCUCUCUGGUACCGAUUCACGCCGCCUUCGGGAUCUUGACUUUCGUCCUUGGCGUCGCCGCUUGCCUCACUGGGCUUACUGAGAAGGCUAUAUUUGGACUCGGGAGCGAGGGAUAUGCAGCGCUGUCGACCGAGGCGAUCAUUAUAAACGCAAUCGGCAUGUCGGUGGUGGCAGUCGCGAUCGUGGUGCUUUACACAGUGCGCGGCACCGGCGGCUACCGCGUGCGCAAGGUCGCCGCCCAGCACCCGAGCUAAACACAUUACCCGGACCUCAGCAAUAGCAAUAACAGUUUGGCGACAAAUUCAUAGUUCAACGACUCGAUUUAAUGGUUGUGACAGGCUAUUGUCACAAAUCCUGAAUAUGGCAACAAAUGAAAAUUAUGAUUUUUGAUGCAAGCAUUUUUUGAAUGUAUUUCUAAACUUCAAAUAUGUUAUCUGUGUCCUACACCUGAACGCCGAUACGGCGGAUAGUUUUUACGAAAUGCUUGUGUUCAACAUUUUGUUACCGAAUAAGGAUACUAAGAAAUGAAUAACACCAAUUAAUUUAAUAAUUGUAGGAAUGGAUGUGUUGUAUCAAUUAUUGGUAACUACGAAAUUUGUCUCCAAACGUCAUUUUGUACAAUUUUUUAAAGUUUGUACUCGUUUUUAUGCUUUAACCAUCAAAAUACAAUAAGAUAUCAUGAUUAGAGUAACCAUCGUAAGCAUAAACUCGAAACUCUUCCAGGUAUGAAGAAUUAAUUUUAAAGAUAUUAUUCUGACGUUACGUUUAUAUUUCAAUUAUCAAUAAAAGUAUUGUUUAGCUCAAUUUGUUAACUUUAGGUUAUACAGAGUCUAUUGCGGUGACAUUAUAAAUUUGAUUGUUCUUGGGGUUGUGCGUUAUUCCAUUAUGAAAUUAUUAUUAUUAUUAUACAAAAUUAUACGUCGAUUCCGUCUUAGACAAAAUUAAUUCGACUGAUAUUAUAUCGUUUCAUUAUAUCAUUUAAUGAAAAUAUUAUAUUGAACUAUUGUGUAAUCCAUAUGUAACGAAAAAGACAUACGACGGGUUAUUAUUAAUAUUUCGUUUUUAAAAUCGAUGUUAUUAACGAUUCAUUCGAUUUACUGAAAACAUUCGUUUUCAUUCAGACUUGUACUCGCUGUUCUGUGGUGGCAUAUUUAGCAUAGAGUUAGUGAAGGAUUUGCCGUAAAAUGUAAGGGAUGUGGAUCGUAGUAGAUGGAUUGCAACACAUAAUCAAACCACGUACAUAUUCAAACAUCUUCAGACAAGAAAAUAAGAGGCCAUACACUAUAUCUACUGUUUUUGGUAUCCAUGUAACCUACGUAGGUUUAACUAUUAAGGACAUAAUUAGAUUUAAUUUGUAUAUAAAUUUUAAUCUAAUUUAAUGUAACGUGCGAGUGUUCGAUAGUGGUAGUUUGUGAACGUAGAUUAUAUCGUCUAAUAAUCGUGUGCAUCGAUAUGUCAUUAAUUGAGACCAGAUAUUCAGUAUUCAUAUAAAUAUUUCUAAAACAAAUUGGUCAGUAUAUCUGACUUUCUCUUUUUAUUUAUGAAUCGAGAGACAGUAAAAUGUUGCAAUAAAAUUUAAUAUCGACUUCGGAGCGAAUUCGCCGUGGAAGUUAAUUUACAUAUUUAUUGAUAGAUUUAGUAUAAUUGAAUUAAGAGGAGUGUUCAUAAGAUGCCAAAUUCUGUGUAAAGUGGUCAUAUGUUUGCUAUAAUCAAUUAUUAUCGCGUAUAACAUAACAAUGUAGCGUCUUAUUCAUAAGUAGGAUAAAGCUCAAAAUGUUUAAUUUAUACAAAGGUUAUCUUUGCAUUCUUUCCUUCUGUAAUUGGUAAAAAAUAUGAUUGUGAAAAAAAUAAUUUUGUAUAUUUCGAAAACAUUCACAUAUUUGCAUUCCUUUUGAUAUAAAAAUCAGCAUUAAGACUGCAUUUGUAAGUAUGUUCUUUUUACAUUAAAUACUAUAGAUAUUUGCAUCAUUUUUGAGGAUUCAAUAUUUUUAAAUAUUUCAGAUUUUUUGACUUCUUUUCGAAUGCUGGGGCCAACUUUUUAGAUACUAUACAUUCCCCUGUAUCAGUCCGAUUAAUUUGGAAAUCGAUAGGUACUUAUUGAUUUCUGAACGCAGUUUUCGAACGUAUUAUCAGAGGUUAUUUGAGAACCCAAUCAGAUUUUUAUUAAUCAAAUUUUAUUAUUAAAAUGGUACCUGCUUAUAAAUGUAUGAAUUAUGAAUAUAUUGUUUCCUGUUACACAGAUAAGUUGCAUAUAUAGAUGAGUUUUAGCGAUGUUUAAAAUAACUCAUAUUGAACGAUGAAAUAUAAUUUCUAACAUGUAGUUUUGUUAUUUAAUUACAGUUGUAUCGGUUAAUAUAUGAAUUUUAUCACUGUUUUAAAUUUUGAAAUAUUUAUACAGCAUUCAUAUGGUACAUUAAAAUACUUGUAUUAAUGA